CGAGUCGGUAAGAGGCGAGUCGACCAGGGGCGAGUUGACCUGACACCAAACCAUGCAUGUGACGUCGGUGAGUGUGAAGGGGUUGCAGGUUUUCAAGACUCCAGCUGCAUGUCUAAUUCGUCAUGACCCAUCAGGCACAGCAUGAUACCAUGAUUUCAGGUGCGGUCGGGGCUGACAUCAUCCCGCCGACCGUCAACCCCCUCCUACAACGAGAGAGAGACAGGGCCACGCUGACCAAGGACCUGGUCACUCAGAUGACCUAUAUGAUUGAUGAUGGCAAGGACAAGACGGCACGUAGACGCCAUAUUGAAUCCAGUCUGUUUUCAGACCCUCUUUUCAGCGAGCGAGACCGCUACAUCCGGACCUCAGCAGAGACCUUCGACAUCGGGGUCAAGCGUUCCAUCCGACUGAUUGACUUCAAGAAGGUUCACAACAUCACGUUCUCAGAGACAUGGGAUUAUGUCUACAGAGCAUUGACCAAUGACGUGACUUUUGGGGUUCAUGACCUGAUGUUUGUGACCUUCAUUGACAACCAAGGCACCGAAGAGCAGAAGGCGCGAUGGUUGGGCAAAGCUAGGAACAUGCAGAUCAUGGGAACGUAUGCGCAGACAGAGUUAGGCCAUGGCACCUAUAUCCCGGGAUUGGAGACCACCGCGACAUACAUUCCAUCCACCGAGGACUUUGUCCUCAACUCUCCCACGCUGACAUCAAUGAAAUGGUGGCCAGGAGCAAUGGGCAAAACUUCAACCCAUGUCAUCCUGAUUGCACAGUUGAUAAUUGGAGGCAAGAAUUAUGGCCCACAUGCCUUCAUGGUGCAGCUGAGAAGUCUGAAGGAUCACAGUGUGCUCCCAGGCAGAUCUGUUGGAGCCAUCGGAGACAAGUGGAACUUUGGUGGAGUUGACAAUGGCUACUUGUCUCUGGAGAAUGUACGCAUCCCCAGGAAGGAUAUGUUCAUGAAAUACUCCCAGGUGGCACCAGACGGUACCUACAGCAAGAAGGGUAACCCCAAGGUCAUGUACACUACCAUGAUGGUGGUCAGACUCAAGAUAGCCCAGGAGUGUUGGCAGUCCCUGGGCCGUGUCCUAACCACGGCGAUCCGCUACAGCGCCGUCCGUAAGCAGGGCCCCGUAGAUCAAGGGGGCCCUGAGGUAGUGAUUCUGGACUAUCAGACCCAACAAGAGAAGCUCUUCCCAGGUCUGGCCACGGCCUACGCCUUCAAUGCCGUCGGCAAACGGCUCCAGGAGGUCUUCAACAAAGUCCAGGCAGACAUUGAGAAAGAGGACUUCAGCAGUUUGCCUGAGCUUCAUGCCCUGACCUGCGGCCUGAAGGCUUUCACCACUGGCACCGCCGUGCGCUUCGUUGACACGGCCCGCUUUGCUUGCGGUGGGCACGGCUUUCUGCUCAGUUCCGGUCUGCCGUACAGCUAUUCGCGACUGUCGGCUGGCUGCACCUACGAGGGGGAAAACACCGUCAUGAUGCUUCAAGUGGCAAGGUACUUGCUCAAGAGUGCCUAUGCUGCCCAGAAUGGAGGCAGCUUAGCAUCAUCAGUAGCCUAUCUGGCUGAGGAUACCAGCGGGCAAACAUGGCCAGCACAGACAGAGACAGAUGUGGUGAACAGUGAUUUGCUCUACAAAGCGUACCAGCACCGAGCCUAUCGUCUGGUCAACCAAGUUGGUCAGCGUAUGGCACAGCUGAUGGGCCAGGGGCAGUCGCAGGGUGUGGCCUGGAACAACUCCACAGUAGACUUGGUGCGCGCUGCCAAGGCCCACAUGCAGUUCUACACCAUGGCCACCGUCUUUGAUGUCAUCAAGCCCUUAGCCGUAGACCCAGCCAUCCAGUCCAUACUACAGACCCUGAGCUGCCUGUAUGCUAUCUACAUGAUGGAUCAGAGCAUUGGAGACUUCCUAGAGGAUGGGUACAUGAACGCUGAGCAGGCACAGAUGGUACAUGGGCAGUACCUGGCACUCCUAAAUGCUGUCAGGCCUGAAGCUGUGCCUUUGGUGGAUGCCUUUGACUUCUCUGACCUGACUGUACACUCAGUGCUGGGGUGCUAUGAUGGUAACGUGUAUGAGAGACUGUAUGAGCAUGCCCUGAGAGACCCCAAGAAUAAGACGGAGAUUCACGAGACCUACUACAAGUACCUGAGGCCAUUGCUGACCGAGCACCAGUCUAAACUGUAACCGGAAUCGGCCGGCAGACAACCAGCG